AUGGCAAUGUUGAAGCAGCUCAACAUCAGCAUACCGUUCAUGGAGGCACUGUCGAAGAUGCCCAAGUAUGCCAAGUUCAUGAAAGAUAUCUGCACCAACAAGAAGAAACUUGGGGAUCUCUCGACAUUGAUGCUGAGCGAGGAGUGUUCUGCUAUCCUGCAGAACAAGCUGCCCAAGAAGCGCAAAGAUCCAGGGAGUUUUACUAUCCCUCUUACUAUUGGCAGCAUGCAUGUAGGUAAGUCCUUGGCGGACCUAGGCGCUAGCAUAAAUGUCAUGCCAUAUAAGUUGUAUAAGAAGCUAGACCUAGGUGAACUUAGCCCUACUAGGAUGAGCAUUCAGUUAGCUGAUCGUUCUAUCGUGCAUCCUAGGGGACUCAUAGAGGAUUUGCUUGUCAGUGUCGGUGCAUUCACAUAUCCUGUUGAUUUCGUUAUUCUUGAUGUGCAUGAGGAUGUGGAUGUGCCUUUGAUUCUAGGUAGGCCAUUUCUUGCCACCGCCAAGGCACUUAUUGAUGUGCAUGAUGGAAAACUGAUCUUGCGUGCUGGGAAUGAACAGGCUACUUUUUCUGUGACUGAGUUUGAUCACCGUGCUAUGAUUGCUGUCACGCCUGUGAAUGCCAUUUCUGAUCAGGUACACGAGUCUGUCGUGUACCCUUCUGCUCCUCUCAUUUUGCAGGACCCUCCUUUCAUUCCUUCGCCGCCACUCCAUCCAGCCUCGCCUCCGAACAAAAAGCUCAAGAAGGAGUGGCGGCCGAAGCAGCAGGUUGCUAAGCCUGCACGGAAGAAGAGUGGAGACCACUAUGAGCUGGUCCCACCUCCUGCACCACGACCACCCUGGCCGUCUGGGUACUCACUCACCUGCAUCUUGCCAGAUGGGCAGGUCGAGCUGACUGAUGAUGGUGGUCGCAUCCAUCGGGUGCAUGGCCACAACCUGAAGCUGUACCUCAAGAGCGAUGUGGAUCCGCUCUUGGAGGCACCUGUUCCUGCACCGCCCUGA